AUGUCUAAAUCAAGUCAGUCAACAACAGAUGUGAUAUCAUCGCCUGAGUCAAGUCAGUCAACUACAGAUAUCAUCCAAAAUGUACAAAUUCAACUCAUAUCAUUGGAUCCAGCAGAAUGGCUAGAAGAUCUUUUAAGUUUAAGAACAGAAAUAGUGAAAAGGGGGGCAUUCCAGUUGAAGGACUUUGACUUUCCUAUGGAUUCUACAAUCAAGCGCAGGUUCAGUAUCUCAAACUAUCAACGUGACUUGACAAAAGACCAAAAAAUUCCACGACCCUGGCUUGUUUAUUUCAAAAAGAUGGACUCUGUCUUCUGUUUCUGCUGUAAAUUAUUUGGAACAGAAAAAGACAAGCUUACUAAAGGUGGAUUGGAUUGGAAAAUUGGAAAAAUGGAAAUUGGAUUGGAUAGACGUGAUUGGAAAAACAUUUAUGCCAGAUUAAGUGAACAUGACACAUCACCAGAUCACACCUCUUACUGA